UGCAAUAUCUACGCUGUACUGUACGCCAGACCCACCUCAGCAUGCCGUCCAGGAAUAUUCUGAUUUUCCUCUCGCUAGUAGUUCUGCUAGUGGAAGCUGAACUAGAUACGAACGAUGGGGGUAUCCAAGCCAUGUCCACAGACAAGGACUCCACCUCUGACGAAGCUCCCACUGAAAGCAUGAACGCCGUCUCCCCGGACCAUCCCAACGAUGAACCUCUGUAUGACAAUCGGGCAGCAGCAGAUGCCAGCAGCACCAGCGCAGAAGCCGCUCCUGAGGCUCCCAAGCCAAAUGUAGUGAAUGGUGCUGGCGCUGCUGCCAACAGUGUCGAGGACGACGAUGAAGACGACGAUUCCGACUCGGAUGAAGGUGCGAGAAAACGAAUCAUCCCACGCGCUUCCAAAUCCCAAAAGACAGUUGGAACUCGGAGCAAGCCCCAGUCCACCAGGAGGAGAUCCCGUAGGCCCUCCGGCCGCCAGAUCUGAGCUCUCACAGACACACGGAGACUGAUGUCUUUCACAUUAGCUGGUCUCAUCCUAAAACAAUCCUUAUCUCGCAAACGCUAAACAAAUGUCAGAAUGUCAGACUGGCGAUACUGGUGCUGUCCCUCUGAAGACGCGUACUCACCCGUGUUAUAGCUUGUAGUGGCUAGUCUCUAUAACAUCACUCUUGUCUUGAGACACAGUCAGUGUUCAAAUCAAAAGUGUCUCUUUUUAUUUCUAAUGGUCAUUUUUAUACACACCGUAUUUAACAAAUGUAUAAACAUUUUGUGAUGAAUAUCCAAACAUGUGAAUAUAUUAACCUCUCUGUCUUAACUUCCUGAAUAAACUUCUCUCAGCA